GUCUGUUGUUAGCAUUCGUCAAGCCUUGCUCACUGCUAAUCUUAGCCUGGAAGCGCCAUCCCACAUCCUCGACUCUACAACCAUCCAAUCAGCCUCGCAUUCUGCCACACUUCCAGGCCAUCUUGCCAACCUCCACUCUACACUAUCGACCACCAGAAUGGAUCAAUGUGCUCGCUUUACACAGGAACCAUCCCAUUCGAGCUGUUUACCUAUGCCUCAAUCCUGCAUUCCCCUCUCGACCACCAGCCAUUCCGCCAAUACCAACCGGGCGUCUACACAGAUGUCUGCGAUAUUCAUAGAUACAAUGGACUGCCUUCGAUCCUCAUUCGUCCUCCCUGCAGAACAUUGUUUCCUCCCGCAUCUGUCCAUUCCGACCACCGUGCAGCCUCAUGCUACCAGACUCGACAUUUCCUCGUCUGCCAAAUAUAGCUAUCCCCACUUGAUGAGAUCCCGCCACAAGAUCUUGUCCCAGUCUCUCAUAAACAACAUCCUCGGCCAAUGUUGUCGUGAUUCCUCCAAGGCCGAAAGUUGCCAUCGCUGCUGCUUCUUCACCUCGACCUUCCCGUUGCAUAGACACGCACACUGCUGGCCGGUGUUCGCAAUCACUCUCUCGUAAUAACUUGCAACGGCCUCGUCGAUACAGCGCUCGCCCAACUGUUUCCAGCCUUCCUGGUGGAGCUACCAAUACUCAUCCUUGCCCCUCAAAACCGCCUUUCCCUUCAAUCGAGUCUUGCCGUGAGCACUAAUCACCAUGGCUCCUGCCGUCGAGAAGAAGGUCGCCCCCACAAACAAGGACUCGCCCGGCAGCAAGUCUUCCAAGAUGCACCGAAGAUCAAGAUCAGGCUGUUUUACGUGUCGUCUGCGCCGCAAGAAAUGCGACGAGGGCAAGAGCAAGUGCAAAGCCUGUCGCCACCUGGGUCUCGACUGCGAAUACAAGAGACCUCACUGGUGGAGCAACAGCGACACCCGUCGUAAGCACAAGGAGCAUAUCAAGACAUUGAUCAAGCGAACCAAGACCUCGGAGAAAAGCAUGAGUACUCAGAGUCAAUACCCGACAUCCCACCUGCCACCCCCUGUCUCUGACGAUUCGCAAGACGAAUACGACCCCGUCUUUGACCAAGGUUUUGUAACCACCCCAGGUCUUUAUGAGCCCUAUGGCUCAGGUCUCUACAUGCCCCAUCACGACUCAUACAACCAAGGUUACCCUUGGGAAAUCGAUGUCAAGACCGAACGACAUACUUACAUCAACGAUGAACUCGCACGUCGGGACUCGUCCAUCUCCACCUUCAACACUUUCGCGCCCCCCCCGCCUCAUGCCAUCCUCCCGUCCUUUAUCGGUGACGAGAUCAACCAUUUUCAUUCGACCGAUAUUCGACAUCCGACAUUUAACGUGGAUGACGAUUUCGACUUGAACUACUUUGGGGCCUCACACCUCAUGCCAGGAUCCCAACCACAAUGUUCCAUGAUCCCGUUGGAGGAUUGUGACCGCCCGCUCUUCGACCACUUGCUUGAAAAUGUCCUGCCACUUCUGUUCCCCAUCCUGGAAGCCAACCAACCCGGCUUCUUCAGAGCCGAUGUCAUCCUUCCCGCACUUGAGAACAACAAGGCUUACUUGCAUGCUUGUCUGGUUGUCGCUGCGACGCAUCUCAAGUACAACAGCACGACUGUGAGCUUGACAGUCGAGGAUGAUCUCUUGAGACACAAGCAUGCCUUUGUCAAGACCGUAGUCGAUUCCCUAAAUCACGACAUAAACCACCAUGAAAUGCUCGAUGCCUUGCUUGGCAUUGUCUCGUUACAAGGAUGUAUCGGAUCAGCGAGUCAUCAUGAAAAGGAGCUGAUUCCGUGGCAUCAACAUUUCCAAAGUGUUGGGGACAUUGUCCAACGGCUUAAUCUCACCGAGGCACUUGAAAACCUUUCGCAGACAGGAGGACAGCCGUCGUUCAACAUGACGCUGACCGCAUGGAUCGACAUUUUGGGUGCGACAAUGCUCGGCAAACCUCCCAGGUUUGCAAAUUCGUACCGAAAUAUGCUCUUUGCACGAGCUUCGGCAGGACUCGAGAGGUUGAUGGGCUGUGAUGACCUCGCCAUGUAUGUGCUCUCAGAGGUGGCCUGUCUGGACUCUUUGAAGAUGAGAGGAACGCUCAACGACAUCGAGAUAUGCAGCCACGUGACCUCGUUGGCCAAAACCCUAGAUGCAAUUGAACCCGAGGACAGUUUGCAGGGGCCCCAGAUACCUUAUUCGCGAUCAGGGGCGCUGCGACCCAAACAGCUGUCAAAGACCAUCAGUGCAAUAUUCCGCAAAGCAGUCCGGAUUUAUCUCUGUUCUCUGGUUCCAGAGUUCAACCGUUACGCAGAUGCCAUUGUCAAUCUUGUGUCUCAAAUGGCUGACCUCAUCCACUUCAUCCCCUCUGGACCUGCUGGGUUCGACCGAUCGUUGGUGUGGCCGAUGCUUAUUGGCGGCGCCAAUUCCAUCCCGGCAUCGCCGUUUCGACGCGUUCUUGCCGAGCGCUGCGAAGCCCUCGGCGAUGGCGCAGACCACGGAAGCUUCGGGCGAAUGGUUCGCCUUUUGCAUGAAGUGUGGCGGCGCAACGAUGACAUUGCCAUUUCUGCGGGAGUAUGUGAAGCCACUCCGGUCACUGCUGGGAGCCCUGGCGGCUCCAUCUCGACACCAAUCGCCUCUGCCAAUGCCCCCACGACAACUACGAGGAACCAAAACGUCCACUGGCGGGAUGUUAUGCAACAAACCGAAUGGGACUUUCUCCUGAUAUAAUUGGUCUGCCACAAUGUUUGAGUGAUUUUCUGUUGAUGGUCGCCGUUCAUCCAGACGAUUGCCAUUAGCAAAAUGUCGUCCUUGACCUGCGCAAGAUCGGUCAUAUCGGAGUCAACACGAAUCAUUUCUCAUUGUCCUUUAUCAAGGACCGAUAAUGUUAUUCAUACACUCACUUAUCCCCAUUUAUUGGUAAUCUUUUCUGGCAAAGGAUUUGUUUGCGCCUGGUCGGGCUCAAGAAGCCUGAAUCAAAAGUCUUGUUUUUCCUCGGCAGGGGCGUUUUGGCAAGCGGGAACUGGGCUUCCCCUUCUCCGCCAUGGCAUGGUAAUGGCGCAGGGCGCAAAAAUCAUGGCUGGGCUCAUGGGGAAUCGGUGCGGCCGGAGCAGCACAAGUUUUUGGAUUGGUAUUAAUGUGACCACUCCAGCCUGGGGGAGGUCUGGAACAGAGAUAGUGGUACAGCGGCAAGAGGAGGAUCCAGAACAUGAUACCCACAGCGAAGCAGCAUGCUACACCCCGUGGCACGUGCAGUGAGAGGUGCCUCCAAUGUUACGAAUUUCGUUUCUGUUUACGAACAUGAUUGUAGGGCCACCAGAGCCAGAACCUCGGUGCCUUGUGGGCUUGGAGUUGGGGAUGAUGAAAGAAGACGUAAGCUCGACUCAGACGACGCAGGCAGGCACCACUUGGGUGGAGGACGCGGGAAACAUCGAGAGAGUACUCGGAUAGUCACGAGAAUAAUGUCAAAUUACAGCAUGUGGUAUCAGAAUAGUUCCAUACUGAAUAGCAUUGGAUGAAAGGAUGUUGGCG